AUGAGGAAAUGCCCCGGGUUUAUCCUCCAAAUGAACUUGGUGUGGCAGCUCGAGUGUGACUUGGGCCAUUCCCGGCAGCCUGCUGUGGGAGCGGUUGUGUUAUUUGUGGCACGAGGGCGGGACAAGAGGUCUGCUUUGCUAACAGAAGCCUUUCGCGUCCCUCCGGUUGAACGACGGCCUAUCUUAGGCGGCCGGCGACAGUCCCGGGCGCCACCUGCGCGUCGGGCGCGGGCCGGAUCGGUGCGAGCGGGCGGGACCACCCGCUCGCUACGAAGCGCGUGCAGUGACCGACUCCGAGAGAUGGAGAAUAAAGAAACCCUCAAAGGAUUGCACAAGAUGGAGGACCGCCCAGAAGAGCGAAUGAUCAGGGAGAAACUAAAGGCCACCUGUAUGCCCGCCUGGAAGCACGAGUGGUUGGAAAGGAGAAGCAGGAGAGGCCCUGUGGUGGUGAAACCAAUCCCUAUUAAAGGAGAUGGAUCUGAAAUGAGUAACCUGGCAGCUGAACCUCAAGGAGAGGGUCAAGCGAGCUCUGCUUCAGCAGCCCCCAAAGGCCGACGCAGCCCAUCUCCUGGCAGCUCCCCAUCAGGGCGCUCAGUGAAACCGGAAUCCCCAGGAGUGAGACGGAAGCGAGUCUCCCCGGUGCCUUUUCAGAGUGGCAGAAUCACACCACCCCGAAGAGCCCCAUCACCAGAUGGCUUCUCACCGUACAGCCCGGAAGAGACAAACCGCCGUGUGAACAAAGUAAUGAGGGCCAGAUUGUACCUCCUGCAGCAGAUAGGACCCAACUCUUUCCUGAUUGGAGGAGACAGUCCGGACAAUAAGUACCGGGUGUUCAUUGGGCCACAGAACUGCAGCUGUGGGCGCGGAACGUUCUGUAUCCACCUGUUAUUUGUUAUGCUCCGUGUGUUUCAACUGGAACCCUCUGACCCAAUGUUAUGGAGAAAAACUUUAAAAAAUUUUGAGGUUGAGAGUUUGUUCCAGAAAUAUCACAGUAGGCGUAGCUCAAGAAUCAAAGCUCCAUCUCGUAACACUAUCCAGAAGUUUGUUUCUCGCAUGUCCAAUUCUCAUACAUUGUCAUCAUCUAGCACGUCUACAUCUAGUUCAGAAAACAGCAUAAAGGACGAAGAGGAACAAAUGUGUCCCAUCUGCUUGUUGGGCAUGCUGGAUGAGGAAAGCCUGACUGUGUGUGAAGAUGGCUGCCGGAACAAACUGCACCACCACUGCAUGUCCAUCUGGGCAGAAGAGUGUAGAAGAAAUAGAGAACCUUUAAUAUGUCCCCUUUGUAGAUCUAAGUGGAGAUCCCAUGACUUCUACAGCCACGAGCUGUCAAGCCCAGUGGAUUCCCCUGCCUCCCUGCGAGCUGUACCUCAGCCCGUCUCCCCACAGCAGCCUGUGGCUGGGUCGCAAAGAAGGAACCAAGAAAGCAACUUUAACCUUACUCACUAUGGAACCCAGCAGAUCCCUCCUGCUUACAAAGAGCUGGCUGAGCCAUGGAUCCAGGUGUUUGGAAUGGAACUCGUUGGCUGCUUAUUUUCUAGAAACUGGAAUGUAAGAGAGAUGGCCCUCAGGCGUCUUUCUCACGACGUUAGUGGGGCCCUGUUGUUGGCAAAUGGGGAGAGCACUGGAAAUUCUGGAGGCGGCAGUGGCGGCAGCUUGAGUGCUGGAGCCGCCAGCGGGUCUUCCCAGACCAGCAUCUCAGGGGAUGUGGUGGAGGCGUGCUGCAGCGUCUUGUCCACAGUCUGUGCCGACCCUGUCUACAAAGUGUACGUUGCUGCUUUAAAAACAUUGAGAGCCAUGCUGGUAUAUACACCUUGCCACAGUCUAGCAGAAAGAAUCAAACUUCAGAGACUUCUCCGGCCAGUUGUAGACACCAUCCUAGUCAAGUGUGCAGAUGCCAAUAGCCGCACAAGUCAGCUGUCCAUAUCUACACUGCUGGAGCUAUGCAAGGGCCAAGCCGGAGAGCUGGCAGUUGGGAGAGAAAUACUUAAAGCUGGAUCUAUUGGUGUUGGUGGUGUUGAUUAUGUCUUAAGUUGUAUUCUUGGAAACCAAGCUGAAUCAAACAGCUGGCAAGAACUCCUAGGCCGCCUGUGUCUUAUAGACAGAUUGCUGUUGGAAUUUCCUGCUGAAUUUUAUCCUCAUAUUGUCAGUACUGACGUCUCUCAAGCUGAGCCUGUUGAAAUCAGGUAUAAGAAGCUGCUGUCCCUCCUGACCUUCACUUUGCAGUCCAUUGACAAUCCCCACUCAAUGGUCGGCAAACUCUCUCGAAGGAUAUAUUUGAGUUCUGCAAGAAUGGUGACUUCAGUGCCCGCUGUGUUUUCCAAGCUGGUAACGAUGCUGACCGCUUCUGGUUCCACUCACUUCACCAGAAUGCGCCGGCGUUUGCUGGUGAUUGCAGAUGAGGUGGAGAUUGCUGAGGUCAUCCAGAUGGGUGUGGAAGACACUUUGGAUGGUCAACAGGACAGUUUCUUGGAGGCAGUGGGCCCUACCAACUAUCCAGAGAACAGUUCCAUCCAGCACACGGUCCAUUUAGAGAAAACUGGAAAAGGAUUAUGUGCUACGAGACUGAGUGUCAGUUCAGAGGACAUUUCUGACAGACUGGCUAGCAUUUCCGUAGGACUUCCUAGUUCAACAACAACAGAACAACCAAAGCCAAUGGUUCAAACAAAAGGCAGACCCCACAGUCAGUGUUUGAACUCCUCUCCUUUAUCUCAUUCCCAGAUGUUUCCAGCAGUAUCAACCCCUUGUUCAUCUGCCCCAUCUGUCCCAGCUGGCUCUGUAACAGAUGUUUCUAAGCAUAGACCUCAGGCAUUUGUUCCCUGCAAAAUACCUUCCGCAUCUCCUCAAACACAGCGCAAGUUUUCUCUACAAUUCCAGAGGAACUGCUCUGAAAACAGAGACUCAGAUAAACUCUCCCCAGUCUUUACCCAGUCAAGACCCCCACCCUCCAGUAGCAUACACAGGCCAAAGCCAUCUCGACCCGUCCCAGGUAGCACAAGCAAACUGGGGGAUGCCUCAAAAAAUAGCAUGACGCUUGACCUGAACAGUGCUUCCAAAUGCGAUGGCAGCUUCGGCAGUAGCAGCAACAGUGGUGACGCCGUUAUACCCAGCGACGAGACAGUAUUCACCCCAGUGGAGGACAAGUGCAGAUUAGAUGUCAACACCGAGCUCAACUCCAGUAUCGAGGACCUUCUUGAAGCAUCGAUGCCUUCCAGUGACACAACAGUCACUUUUAAGUCUGAAGUUGCUGUCCUCUCUCCUGAAAAGGCUGAAAAUGAUGAUACGUACAAAGAUGACGUCAAUCAUAAUCAAAAGUGCAAAGAAAAGAUGGAAGCUGAAGAAGAAGAAGCUUUAGCAAUUGCCAUGGCAAUGUCAGCAUCCCAGGAUGCCCUCCCCAUAGUUCCUCAGCUACAGGUGGAAAAUGGGGAAGAUAUCAUCAUCAUCCAGCAGGAUACCCCAGAGACUCUGCCAGGACAUACCAAAGCAAAACAGCCUUAUAGAGAAGACACCGAAUGGCUGAAAGGACAGCAAAUAGGCCUUGGAGCAUUUUCUUCUUGUUACCAAGCACAAGACGUGGGGACUGGAACGUUAAUGGCUGUUAAACAGGUGACUUACGUCAGAAACACGUCCUCUGAGCAGGAAGAAGUGGUGGAAGCAUUAAGGGAAGAGAUAAGGAUGAUGAGCCACCUGAACCAUCCGAACAUCAUCAGGAUGCUGGGGGCCACAUGUGAGAAGAGCAACUACAACCUCUUCAUUGAGUGGAUGGCGGGAGGGUCUGUGGCUCAUCUCCUGAGUAAAUACGGAGCUUUCAAGGAGUCAGUGGUCAUUAACUAUACUGAGCAGUUACUCCGUGGCCUUUCGUAUCUCCACGAGAACCAGAUCAUUCACAGAGAUGUCAAAGGUGCCAAUCUGCUCAUUGACAGCACAGGGCAGAGGCUGAGAAUUGCAGACUUUGGAGCUGCCGCCAGGUUGGCAUCAAAAGGAACCGGUGCGGGGGAGUUUCAGGGACAGCUACUGGGGACAAUUGCGUUCAUGGCACCUGAGGUACUAAGAGGCCAGCAGUAUGGCAGGAGCUGUGAUGUAUGGAGUGUCGGCUGCGCUAUUAUAGAAAUGGCUUGUGCAAAACCACCUUGGAAUGCAGAAAAACACUCCAAUCAUCUUGCUUUGAUAUUUAAGAUUGCUAGUGCGACUACUGCACCAUCCAUCCCAUCACAUCUGUCCCCAGGUCUGCGUGAUGUGGCUCUGCGUUGUUUAGAACUUCAACCUCAGGACAGACCUCCAUCAAGAGAGCUACUGAAGCAUCCUGUCUUCCGUACGACUUGGUAGUUAAUUGUUUGACUAUAAUGGAGACAGGAGCUGCAACAAGGAAAGAAUAAAAAGAACUUGUGGGCAACCACGUUGACAAUCUACUGGCCAUCAUGCCACUGAACAGCUAGAGAUGAGGCCAGUAGGGAACCCUUACCUAAGUAUGUGAUUGACAAAUCAUGAUCUGUACCUAAGCUCAAUAUGCAAAAGUCCACAACUUGUGCAGAAACUGUAAACCGUGCCUUUCAAGGGACUGGCUCUAGGUGAACAGGAAAGCAAUGGAGUUUGCAUGAUUAAAUAACAGAAGCAUAAAUUUAUUUUUGGAGCACUUUUUCAGCAAUAUUAGCAGCUGAGGGCUCAGGAUCUGUUUUCAUGUGUCACUUCUUCCAUUCCGUCGGGUGAGCACAGCAGGAGGUUCUGCAGUUCCCUUUGGGUUUUUUGUCACUGGCUGUAAAAAAAAAAUCAGUGUCUGCCUCUUUUAGGUCAGAGUAUGCUAUGAGUAGCAAUAAAUACAUGUGUUUUUAAAAGUUAUUAACUUCUUUAUCACCCACAGUUGACUUUUUUUUGACUUGUGGUUGAUUGUGGUUCAUUGUGCAUUUUACUGUUGGCCCGUUCAUUUCGUUUUUGGAAAAUAUGGUUCUGUAUUUUCAUUUCACCUUCAUUUGUGUUGAAUAUUCAGGGAAAGGUGAUCUCUUCAAACCAGAAAAAAAAAAAAGAAGCUAUAAGUAGGUGUGAACUAGUUUUUUAAGUCUGUGCCUAUUGCAAGAGUUGUGUUUUCUUCUUAUAGGCAUCUAAUGAAAUACUGGCUUCGUGAGUCAGCCUGCUUUCACCAUGCGGGUUAAGUACAUCCUCACUUCAGAGUCAGCACAAGGCAGGGCGAGAUUACCUGAAAGUUAGCUGAAAUAUUUCAUAUUAUUUUGCUAGCCUAUAGGAAAUUCAUACCAUUUAAAUCUUCCUCUUUGUAACAAUCCAUCAUUCAUGCCCACUGAUUAUAACAUAACUGCUAUUUUCCUUCUGCCAUGCAUGAUGUUUUAUACUAGACCUGGCUGAUAAACUCAUUUACUUACCUAUCAAUCAGUAACAUUUUUAAACAAACAAUAAAUUUACUUUGCAUUUAGAAAAUGCUCAGAAAGAAAAGUUGAAUUUCAUUUACACACUAAUUCCUGAAAUUUGCACAACUAUUUAAUUGUCUUAACUUUGAGUUAAUUCAGAUGCAUGGAAUCCUGAAGCAAAAUGGUAGACCUUUGCAUGUCUGUCUUUUAAAUCAAGUACUGAUUAGCUAUUAAAUGUAACUUUGAAAUGUUAAGUUUUAACUCUUCAGAAGCCAGUGUGAAAUAGAAUUGGUUAUUCUCAAAGACUCAGGAUAAACUAAAUAAGCUAUAUUAUAAGUAGUACAUUUGAAAUGUACUACACAAAUUGGAAGCAAAAUAAGUUCCAAGAUAAGUUUACAGGGAUAUAUUGCAGAUCAUUUUCAAAGGCAGUUUUUAUGUGAAUGUGCUUCUUAGUGAAAUGUUACAUUCCUUUGUUUUGGAAGAUUGGCAAUAUUUGAAGAGUUAAAAAUAAUUCAGAAAUGUGAAGUUUGGUAAUGCUAAAUGUGUUGUACUUGACUUCCUUUUAUAUUUUCUUUUUAUUUUUACUUUUUUGACUACUUAGAAUUUUCACGAUUCUAAUAAGAUUGUUUCCGAGUCUUAUGUGCAAGCUUUAAAGGACGCACUCUUGCCAUUUUAUAUACUGGAAGAUCGUUGGUCAGAUUAGCACCGUGACUGACAGAGGUGUAAACUGUCUAAACUGAGGAACCUCAGCUAAUCAGUAUUACUGUGUAGAUCAACAUGCCCACCACAUUUCAAACUCAAACUGUCUCCAGAUGUCAAGAUCCACUGUGUUUGAGUUUGUUUGCAGUUCCCUCAGCUUGCUGGUAAUUGUGGUAUUUUGUUUUCGAUGCAAAUGUGAUGUAAUAUUCUUAUUUUCUUUGGAUCAAAGCUGGACUGAAAAUUGUACUGUGUAAUUAUGUUUGUGUUUUUAAUGUUAUUUGGUACUCGAGUUGUAAAUAACGUCUACUGCUGUUUAUUCCGGUUUCUACUACCUCAGGUGUCCUGUAGAUUUAAAUUUCUUCUGCCAAAGUUCGCUCUCACAAUGACAUUCUAUGUGCUGUGUGACUAUGAUUCCUAAGACUUCCAGGGCUUAAGGGCUAACUCCUAUUAGCACCUUACUGUGUAAGCAAAUGCUACAGAAAACCUCUGGGUUAAGAAAAUUUGGCUUAAAUGUAUCCUUUGUUAUUUUAAAUAUAUCGAGAUAUUUUAAUUAAAAUUUUUACCCCUUUGAACCAAUUUUAUAGUAUUUGUACCUAUUUUGGUGUUUUGUCUUUAUAGUAAAUAAAAGUUUUUGAACAAAA